GGAUCAUCCUCUCCUUGGCCUUCCUAAUGUGCUGAUCACCCCCCACCUUGGCACCAACACUUACACUACAACAAGAAUGAUGGUACAGAGGAUGGUUGAAAAUGCUCUGGCUGCAGUGAAAGGCCAAUCUAUUCCCAAUGAAGUCAAACUAAAAUUGGUUUGACCUCAGUUCAAAAUUGCUGUCCCGAUGUUUGAAAAAAUGCUGCAAAAGUGCCCUCUUGGAUGCCCUUAAAUCAUAGAUAAAACAUGAUAAAGUGCCCUAACAAUGUUACAGUCAGUGUAGAGAGGCAAGCACAGGGGUGAUGUGAUCAUGUCUUUUUUGUCCCGGUAACGAGUCAAGCAAAAAAAAAGAAAGUGUCACCAGCAUUAAAAUGGUAAAGCACAUCAUGUUUUUUGAUAAGCUGGCCAAAAGGAAGCAUGUAAAUAGAGAACAGAAGGGGUCCAAGAACUGAACCUUGAGGGACACCAUAGCUUUACUGAGCUGCAGAGGAAAAAGAGUUACUCUGAAUAAUAAACAAGGAUCUUUUGGAGAGUGUAAUAAACUAAGAGCUGCCUCCUCCAUGCCUACCCAAGUCUCCAGGUGACAUAACGGGAUGCUAUGAUCGAAUGUAUCAAAGGCAGCACUUAAAUUACCUUAAAGUCACCUUUGUCUGCAGUCAGCUGUAGGUCAUUAGUAACUUUAACAAGUGCUGUCUCGGUACUAUGAAGUGCUCUUAAACCACACAGGAAACAAAAAAAAGAUCAGUGCAAUGUUGUAGGCAGACAAAAGACGAACGAAACAAAUAAGACUUUACAGCUUUUUGAGAGAAACACACAUGGAAUGAA